AUGUCUGUCCUGCUCCUCGUGGGGCAGUGCAUCGCCAUGGUAGCUGCAAGCCUCUUCGUAGGCUCCUUGCCCCUCAUGUUCAAGAGCUCCUUGAGCGCCCUCUCCCUCGCCGCGAUCGAGGUGUUUGGCAUGGGUCUUCUCGUCGGCGCAGCUCUCACCAUCAUCAUCCCAGAAGGUGUGGAGACGCUCUACGCUGCCGAGCCCGACAGCCAUGUCGUGGGCAUCGCCCUCUUGGCCGGAUUCGCUUUGAUGCUGCUCGUCGAGAACCUCACACCGCACCCCCCUCAUGCGCCACCACAGCUCGAAGAGGCCGCGCACCCGAUGUUGCCCAAGGACGAGGCCGAGUGCGAGACGCACGCAGCCGCCCAUGGCUUGAGUGCGACUCUCGGCCUGGUCAUUCACGGCGCUGCGGACGGUAUCGCUCUCGGUGCCAGCUCGCUCAGUGACAACAAGGGUCUCGGCAUGAUCGUCUUCCUCGCCAUCAUCAUCCACAAGGGCCCUGCCGCCCUCGGCCUCACUACGACGUUGCUCACGCUCCACCUCACGCCCGCCCAAUGCCGCCGUCGCCUGCUCUUCUUCUCCCUGUCGGCCCCCGCUGGCGCCCUCUUGACAUACGGUCUCGUUCGUCUGUUUGGCACCGGUCCGGCCGUCACUGGCAGGGGCAGCCUUAGUUGGUGGACAGGUGUGGCGCUCUUGUUUUCGGGUGGCUCGUUCCUCUAUGUCGCCACCGUCCUUCAGCCGAUUACGCAGACGGGUCCCGACGACCACUGUCACGACGUACACCACGAGGUGCACAGGCAAGACAAGCCAAUCCUCGGCCACCUCUCGCGCACAUUCAUCAUCCUGCUCGGCAUGGUCCUGCCGCUGGGCAUGAGCGCUCUGGUGGAUCACCACCACUAG